AUGGCCUCGCUCAAAGCGGUGCUCGGGACCUCGCUCCCGGCCGCCCGCGCCCUGUUGCCGCUCUUCGGUGGCCGCCCCCUGCCCGCGCCCUGCUCCACCUCGGCCGCCGCCAUGGAGCCGGCGCCCCGCUGGCUGGCGGGACUGCACUUCGACAACCGAGCCCUGCCCCCCGCCAGCACCGCCGUGACCUCUGUGUUUGAUUCCAGACAGGCCGACGGCCGCAAGGUCCUGCGGUCCAGCGUCCGGGAGUUCCUGUGCAGCGAGGCCAUGUUCCACCUGGGGGUCCCCACCACGCGCGCCGGCGCCUGUGUCACGUCCGAGUCCACGGUCGUGCGCGAUGUGUUCUACGACGGCAACCCCAAGCACGAGCCGUGCGCGGUCGUGUUGCGAAUAGCCUCCACCUUCCUCAGGUUCGGGUCCUUUGAGAUCUUUAAGGCUGAGGAUGAGCACACGGGCCGUGCGGGCCCCAGCGUGGGGAGGAACGAUAUCCGCGUCCAGAUGCUGGACUAUGUGGUCAGCACGUUCUACCCUGAAAUCCAGGCCACGCACGCCAGCGACUCCGUGCAGAGGAACGCUGCCUUCUUCCGUGAGGUGACACGUCGCACGGCCCGGAUGGUGGCUGAGUGGCAGUGUGUCGGCUUCUGCCACGGCGUGCUCAACACGGACAACAUGAGCAUUGUGGGGCUCACCAUCGACUACGGGCCCUUUGGCUUCCUGGACAGGUACGACCCCGACCACGUCUGCAAUGCCUCGGACACUGCCGGGCGCUACUCGUUCAGCAAGCAGCCUGAGGUGUGCAAGUGGAACCUGCAGAAGCUGGCCGAGGCCCUGGUGCCCGAGCUGCCCCUCGAGCAGGGCGAGGCCAUCCUGGCCGAGGAGUACGACGCCGAGUUCCACAGGCACUACCUGAGCAAGAUGCGCAGGAAGCUGGGCCUCGUGCAGGCUGAGCGGGAGGAGGACGCGGCGCUGGUGGCCAAGCUCCUGGAGACCAUGCACCUGACGGGUGAGUGGGCCGCCAUCACGAACACCUUCUACCUGCUGAGCUCCUUCCCAGUGGGGCCCGAGGCUCCGGGCCUGGCGGGGUUCCUGACUGCGCUGACGGAGCAGUGCGCCUCCCUGGAGGAGCUGCGGCUUGCCUUUCGGCCCCAGAUGGACCCCCGGCAGCUCUCCAUGAUGCUGAUGCUGGCGCAGUCAAACCCGCAGCUCUUCGCGCUCAUCGGCACCCGGGCCAACGUCACGAAGGAGCUGGAGCGCGUGGAGCAGCAGGCGCGGCUGGAGCAGCUGAGCCCGGCCGAGCUGCUGAGCAGGAACAGGGGCCGCUGGGCCGACUGGCUGCAGGAGUUCAGGACCAGGCUGGAGCAGGACAGGGAGGGCGCCGCCGACAAGGACGCCUGGCAGGCUGAGCGCGUGCGUGUCAUGCACGCCAACAACCCCAAGUAUGUCCUGCGGAACUACAUCGCGCAGAACGCCAUCGAGGCUGCCGAGAACGGAGACUUCUCAGAGGUGCGGCGGGUGCUGAAGCUGCUGGAGGCCCCGUACCACAGGGAGGGGGAGGCCACUGAGGUCCUGGAGGCCACGGAGCCUGAGGGGGCCGGCAGCACAGCAGAGAGGCGCCUCUCCUACAGCAGCAAGCCCCCGCUCUGGGCAGCCGAGCUGUGUGUGACGUGAUCCUCGUAACCGCCUUGGAGGCCGGGAGGCCCCCAAGGCCCCAAGUGACACUGAGUCCAUGAGGCGGCGCCUGCCAGCGAGCAGCCCCCUCCCCGUCUCUCCAUGACGACAGGGACGUCCAGUCAGGACCUGACCCGUCUCUGUCUGACACCGACUCAGCAGCCCAGCCCAGCCCACCAGCAGCAGCAACAGGCUCCCCAUGAAACGCUGCUUCACGCAAGGACAGCUCAGCAGAGGGACCGGACCCAGGAGGACACAGCAGCCACAACCCCCAUGGCAGCCUGGGAGGACCGGCGCUGCUGGCUCCUGCUUCUGGGAGCCGCCCCUAAUAAACGAGCAGCUCCCAAGGCC